CUAAAACAUACGAGGAGCACACGAGUACAAAUAACAGUACUUCAGCACAAGAACCUUGAAGAAACACGAACUUCUCUUAACUUCUCUAAGAGAGGAGUUCACGCAGAGUACAAGUUUACUACAUUGGAUAUAACAAGAAAGUUCUCCUCUACCAACAGAAACAUUAAGGUUCCUGUAAUCGGCUUUAAGAGGCUCACACUUCCUCUGUAAUCCACUUCACCAGAGCUGCAUAUACAGCGUGGUACCGGCAGCCUAAGGUUUGUGCACAGCGCCAUGGUAACCCACAGCAAGUUUGACAGCGCAAUGAGCAGCAGCCUGUUUGACGCAAACAUGCGGCUGCCAUCUCACCGUUACAAGACCUUCAGCUCCAAACUGCAAUAUCAGAUGGUGCAACACGCCGCUCGGAAGCUUCAAGAGAGUGGCUUCUACUGGGGCUCCAUCAGCGGCAAAGACGCCAAUCAUAUGUUGAACAAGGAGCCCAGCGGGACCUUUCUAGUCCGAGACAGCUCAGACAACCGGCACUUCUUCACGCUCAGUGUCAAGACCGAGUCGGGCACCAAGAACUUGCGAGUCCAGUGCGACAACAAGUCCUUUUUCCUCCAGACAGACACGAAGAGCACGCAGUCCGUGCCUCGCUUUGACUGUGUGCUCAAGCUCAUCCAUCACUACAUGCCGUUGUCCAGGAGUCCGCUGUCGAUAGGAAACUCUCGAAGUGCGUACUACAUUUACUCAGGAGGUGAUAAAAUUCCCCUGGAGCUCUUGAGGCCCCUAACGUGCACCAUGUCCUCCCUGCAGCAUCUAUGCAGGAAGACGGUGAACGGACACAUAGACGUUUCCAGCAAAAGAGACCAGCUGCCUCAACAACUUAAAGAUUUCCUACAGGAGUAUGACGCUCCUAUUUAAAUCGAUAGAGCUGUGGAACAUAAAGUUGGCUAUGUUGAAUGAAGAAACAAGAAGCAAUGAGGACGUUGAAGCUAGUUUUAGGCAGACGCAAAAGGAGAGUGGUUUUAGGUUGGGGCUUGAUGGGCCGAGAUGUUGGGCUCUUCAUCGUGAUUUUUAGUGCUAUCAUUAAUGCCCCUACUAAAAAGACUGGCUUAGACCAUGGCUGGGUCAAAUUGGGAGCUAGAGGGGGCAUUGCCCCCCUAGAUUUUCCUUGUGCUCCCAUCCGAUGAAGAGAUGACCAGUUGUCCGCCCUAAAGAUCAGAAUGCCCCCCACCAAAGAUGGCAUCCUAGUACCGCUCAUGGCUUGGACCAGCAUAAAUUUCUGGUCUUUCUGAAGAAGCCUGGUGGGGACACCACACAUGCCGUGACCAGCAAUGCUAGUCUUUUCUUAUGUGACUGAUGUUCAUGUGCCAGUCGGUCAAUGAAUUGCCACUUGUACCGUUUUUGUGCCUGUACCAGUGCCAGUAUCACCAAUCACAGCCUCUGCGCUGCUACAAAUCUGCACAGAGACAGCAAGCCGUUUAACAGGAACCAGGCUCCGCCUUCUUCCAAGUAAAUAUUUGUGCCUUUCAAGGGAAAAAGGAAGAAGUGAGUAACUGCAUAGCAGAGGCAGAGCGGACUUGCUGUUGAGAAAUGACUUCUAGAAGGGAACAAAAAGAAGUUUAAGACUGAACACUGAGAAGGACACAUAUACAGUAUAUAAAGAUGGGGGUGAUUCUCACGAAAACUGUUGUACUUAACCCAAAAUCAAUAAAAAAAAGAACAAAAAAGAGAGAGAUUAUAUUUUGUAUUAGCCUAAAUUUUUACAUUAUGCCAUUAUUUUCAGGACACUCAAGCACAUGAUAUCCCCCAAUUCUCAUUACUGAAUUGUGUUGGACAUUUGCUAUUUCCAUUGUUUUCAGUGAUGAUCCUCAUGACUUGAAUAUAUAUAUAUAUAUAUAUAUAUAUAUAUAUAUAUAUAUAUAUAUAUAUAUAUAUAUAAAGCCAUUACUUAGAUAGUGCUACUAUGAUAUAUAAAUCCUUUACAAUUUAAAUAAUAUAUUUUUCAUGUUGCGGUAGAGAGAAUAUCGCCAUGACCAUCUUUUUUUGCAUUGCAGUACUGAGAAUUGUGUGGGUUAAAUGUCCAUAACUGACAUGAAAAUAAUGUAACAAUGUAAAAAAUCUUAUUUGUUUCUAUUCAUUUUGGAUUAACAUAAGACCGGGUUAUUUUCUUGACAGGUUUUGUGAGAAUCACCCAUCAUGGACACAUGUCAGCAUUCUGUUUAUACUUGAAAGAGUGACACUUUGGAACAAAAUUGCUGUCUGUUUUUAGAGUUUGAGGAGGACGGUUUAGAUCCAAAGUG